AUGACAGCGAUUCCAGAUUCUCAGCCUCAAGUGCGCGAGCAGCUAAGCGACAAAGACAACACCGUCAUGUGUGGAGCAGGCUACGCUCUGGUGACUGUACUCCUGCUAUGGCUCGACUGGAGUGGCCUACCUACAGAUACUUCUUUCGAUAGUGCCACUCGCUGGAUCGGCAGCUUCUGCCUCCUCAUUGCGUGUCUCGUACUGCUUGGCUUCAAUGUCGCAGCCCUCGGCAAGGCCACGCUGCCUGACGACCAUGACAAAGGCACGUCUCGGGCUUUUACUGGUGCCCUGGUUACUAUACUCGUAGCAAUCGGAUACGCAUUACUUUCGCACUGCCUAGACGACAAGAUAUUCCUCUACAAGCUCUUCUGGGUACAAGUCCCUACGCUACCUGGAGCAUACAUCGCAGCCAAAUUUCUAGGCAAGGAGAUGGACGGCAGAAGAGAGCUCAAGACUCUAUGCGGGUACGGAUUGGUCGAUCUGCUGUUAUGGAUCUACCUGCACAACAUGGACGGAAGAACCAACCCACAGACUGAGGAUGAGCUAUGGGCUUUCAUGGGGUUUCUCCUAGGGCUGUUCGUGCUUCUCAUCGCCAACCUCGUCUUGCUCAUCAUGAACCUGGAGAACGUUGUCGAGGCUCGUGUUGAGGAGAUUCCCAAUGGCAGAGUCCUGAUCACUCUCGGUGCUUUUAUCGGCAUCGGUAUCAUGAUACUCGGCGUUAUGGUACCCCUUGAGCUGGCAUUCCAUAUCCUGGAUGGCAAGCACUGGAUGUACCAGAUCCUUCUGGCGGUUCAGGGUGCACUGCCAGGUGCAUAUCUCAUUGGAGGUUCCGCAUGGUUGGCCAAGGCUUAUGCAGGUCAGAAGUCUGAAUACUCGACAAUCUAUACAGAAGAAGGUCAACCAUAA